CACCACACACACACCACACACACACCUACACCACACACACACCUACACACCACACACACACCACACACACACCUACACCACACACACACCACACCUACACACCACACCUACACACCACACCUACACACCACACACACACCACACACACCUACACCACACACACCACAAACACCUACACCACACACCUACACCACACACACCUACACACCACACACACCGUCCCCACAAUGGCGUGGCCGUGCGUCAACCGGGCUUGCUGUCUGGCUCGCUGCUGGAACCAGUUGGACGUGGACGACAUCUCCAUCCCUCUCACUCACGCCACAUUCGCCGAGGAAUCUUUACUGCCACCAGCAAACGAAGCUGCCGCCGCCGCCGCCAAUUCUGGCGGUGGCCAUCCGGGACCCGGGCAUCCACAUCCUCAUCAGCAUCAUCAUCAGCAGCAAGGGCUGGGGGUGAGCGCUGGUGGCGGUGGUGGGGAUGGUGCUGCUGCUGCUGCUGCCCGCGAGGCGCCUGAGAAGCCGUCGAGCCGCGGGGCGUCUCGCUCGGUGACCCGCAGCGACUACAAGGCGUGGAGGGUGCCGCGCGAGCCGAGCUGCAAGCCGCGCCGGGAGUACCUGCCGCCGGAAGACCCCUUCUCGAACGACACUCAGUACAAGGCGGACUUCAGGGUGUGGCCUCUACACAGACGCGAGAAGCCGCAGUGGGGUCAUCACCACCACGACCAACUUCAGCAGCAGCAGCAGCAGCUGCUACCCCACCAACAGCACCACGGUCAGCAGCAGCACCAGCAGCAGCAGCAGCAGCAGGACUCUGUGUACACGAGGCUGCUGGGUGAAGACGCCACGGGGCGAGACGGUGGAGGGAUGAUGGGGCCGGCUGGCGACGGGGAGGGGGAGCCCCUUGUUAAGAAGCACGGCGCGGAGUCGACAGCCCUGCUGGCCAUGGCCCGCGAGGUCUGCAUCAUGCCCGUGCAGGCAACCACCAGGCCGGACGCCCGGCGGCAGGAGACGUCGCCUCGCAGGAAGCGCGUGGCCCCAGCGUCCUCCUCCUCCCCGGAGUCACGUCGCCCGCGAACCCCCACGGCGGCGGCGGCGACCGCGGUGACGGCCCCGCGUCGUGACCUCUCCUCCCGCGCGGGGCCCCCGCCCGCCAGGCACAGCCGCUCGCCGGGGCCGCUCCCCGCCGCCGCCGCCGCCGCCGCCGCGGUGGAGAAGGGGGGGGGCGACGGCGCGGGAGCACCCGGAGGGGGGCGCGGACGGAGGGGAUCGUCGAGGCGCGGCCGGAAGAGUGGAUCCCAGGAGAACGACGCCGCGGGGCCGGCGACCGGGGGGACGGCCACGACGAGGGCUGGCAGCGAGAGCCCCCGACCCGUCCGCCGCCCGCCCCGCGCGGCGGGCCCCGGGUUCGAGUCCGGGUUGGGCUCCGGAUCGGGGAGUGGGCCGGGUCCGGGCGAGGCGGCGGCGGCGGCCCCGCGCCGAGCGAUCGAGAUUCCGUGCGGGCGGCCGGUGGCACGAGGAGGGGCCGUCGCCGCCAAGAGCGUCACCUUUGGGGAGAGGGCGGCCGAGGAGGAAGCGGCGGAGAGGGGGGCGCGGGGGGCCGGGACGAGCGAGCGGCGGCAGAAGCAGAAUGAUGGGGAGGCGCCCACGCGGGAGACGGACACCGGGGCGACGACCGGCGUGGCGGGGCCAGGGUCUGGACCCGGUGAUUUGCCAGGGGGGGCGGCGGUGGGUGGAGCGGCCAACGCGGCUGGAGCGGGGUCUGGGCAAGGCAGUGCGGCGGGCGGUCGAGGUGUGAGUGGAGUAGGGGGCGUGGCAGUUGGAGGGCCCGGGCAAAGUCCCCUAACCGGCGGUGCCGCAUCAGGCGGAGUGGGGGGCAUGUCUGGGAGCGGAGUGGGGGGCAUGUCUGGGAGCAGAGUGGGGGGCAUGUCUGGGAGCGGAGUGGGGGGCAUGUCUGGGAGCGGAGUGGGGGGCAUGUCUGGGAGCGGAGUGGGAGGCAUGUCUGGGAGCGGAGUGGGGGGCAUGUCUGGGAGCGGAGUGGGGGGCAUGUCGGGGUCUGUGCAAUGUCCCGUCACCACCGGUACGGCGGUGAGUGGACCAGGGGGCUUGGCUGGCGGUGGAGGUGGUUGCUUGAUGGGGAGCAUGAUCGGUGCCGGGGCAGGGGGAAUUCUGGAGGGCAAGGCCGGUGGGUUCAUCGGGGUCACGGCAGGGCCUGGAGUCACCGGCGUUUGCGAUGAGGCUGCAGUGGUUUUGACGAAGUUGAACGGAGCGGAUUUCUUAGGUGUAGGGGAUGAGAAGGGAGACAUUAACCAGGCAGAGCCCAAGAAGGCAGGGUAG